CAUCCGUUUGCGCAUGCGUAUUGAUGUGUAGACAGAUGGCCCAAUCAGCUAUUUCAAGUCACGCCAAAAAGCUGAAUGACUUCCAGAAGAUGGCGACCGCUAUGGUGGUGUCAACUUCCGUCCCUGCAAGUCCUGAAAAGGAAAAAUGUGAAACAGUCAUUCAAAAGGUUUUGAGUCCCGACGCUUACAUCAAACAUCCAUUACAAAACAAGUGGGCUCUUUGGUUUUUCAAGAAUGACAAAAGCAAAACAUGGCAAGCCAACCUCCGUCUCAUUUCUAAAUUUGACACUGUGGAAGACUUCUGGGCAUUAUACAAUCACAUUCAGCUGUCAAGUAACUUGAUGUCUGGCUGUGACUAUUCGCUUUUCAAGGAUGGAAUUGAACCCAUGUGGGAGGAUGACAGGAACCGAAAAGGUGGCCGCUGGCUAAUAACUUUGUCCAAGCAGCAGCGGAAAUCAGAACUGGAUCGGUUCUGGUUGGAAACGCUCUUGUGUCUUGUGGGUGAAGCGUUUGAUGACCACAGUGAUGAUGUUUGUGGAGCUGUCAUUAACGUCAGAGCCAAAGGGGAUAAAAUAGCCAUAUGGACCACAGACUUUGAAAACAAAGAGGCCAUCACACACAUAGGGAGAGUGUAUAAAGAGAGAUUAGGCGUUCCUCCCAAAGUGAUCAUCGGGUACCAGUCACAUGCAGACACUGCCACAAAGAGCGGCUCCACCACCAGGAACAAGUUUGUUGCCUGAGAACCUGAAAUUCAUCUGCUAAAUGUCGUCAUUCAACAUUUUCUGUAAUGUUUCCAUGAAUGUAACAUAAGUUAAUCCACCAAAAGAAAACAUUUGAAAUGGAGUACAUGUUGUUUUUGUUUGAUGCUUUACCAAAGCUUUUGUUUGUGGGGAGAAUUUGUGCAAUUAAUAUGUAGCACUUUGACAACUUUAUUUUGUUAAGGCCUAAGAUGCCAGUUUCCUUUGUCCUAACUUAUAUUUUGGGACAUCUAAGUACUUAUUAAAGAAAAUUCUCAAACUAAGGAUUAUCAAGUUAUGUGAAUUUGGAGCAGUGUAAAUAUCUACUGAAGAUUUCAUGUAGCUUUUAAGUUUAAAUGUUUAUCCACAUUAUUUGAAAGUGAACAGAGCUCAGCCACAUUGAUGUAAAAGUUUGAGCAAAGCUGAUUCAUUUAAAUUCACGAUCGAUGCAAGAAUUCUUUUUUUUUUUUUUUCUUGAAUCAAUUUUUAAGAUGUGGCACUGAGUUUAAGCUGUCCAGCUGAAUUUCAAGACGUAAGCAAUGAAUAUUAAUAUUGAGAUAUUUAUCUUAGGGAAAAUGGGGAAAAAGCUGGAUUCAUUGUGUUAAACUGGGAAUAUCUAAAGCAUUUGAUGACAUCAAAUGCUAUGAACGCUAUUUGUUAAAAAUGGACCAAGAAAAGCUUUUCAUAUGCAGUAGCUGAAGUAGAUUCAGUCCACAAUUAAACAGUAGCUGUCGGUACGCUUUUCAUCUGUUCUGACAUAAACAGGAGGCCGAGUUUCAGAAAAGUAUAAAUAGUUUUGACCACAGUAAGUCUUGUGUUUGUCUCAAGUUCACAUUUAUUUCACGUGCAGAAGUCGUACUGUGGUGUUUUGGGUUAUGUUCCUUUUUAAUGGUUUUUGUGGGCAAUAUAAUUUCCUUUUCCUUUUCAGAUGUUGCAUUGAAUAAAAAAAAUAAAUGAAAAAUAAAUGGAAUACCCAAGUGUGCCUUUUAAUAUAAAAUCCUGCCCCACACUUUUGAGAUGUAUAAAAGAAUGAUGUAAAUAAACUGUACAGUGAUAAGUGUUCACUCAAAA